AACUCUUGGCUAAGAGUCUCGCGCGGAUAGUUGAAAUGUGCAGACAACUCUUAUACAAUCAUAAAUAUUGGCAGCACGCGCAUUGUUAGUGCUGUUUAAGUGUUGUGAAUAUAAUAAAAUAUCAAGUGUCAAGCGAUCACUGCCAAUUUGACAUCCACAAACUACAUUCAGACAAACAAGCCGCCAUGCAAUCGUUCAAGGCGGACGAAAUGAAGCGGAAUCCACGCGAAAGCGCCAAUCCAUUAUCGGUAUUUAUGUUCUGCUUUACUAUGCCAGUGUUUUUCAAAGGCCGCAAAAAGACUUUAGACGAAAAUGAUCUCUACCAAGCUUUGAGUACACACAAAUCAGCUGAGCUGGGAGCCAAAAUGAGCAUUGCUUGGGAGGCGGAGAUCGAUAAGAAACGACAAAAGCACAGGGAGCCCAGUCUGAGGAGUGCGGUGCUGCGAGUCUUUGGCUUACGAUACGCGGCAUUGGGCUUUAUGCUACUCCUGAUAGAAGUCGGGCUGCGCGUUACGCAGCCACUGUUUCUCGGUGGCCUGGUUAACUACUACGCCACUCCGGGCAACAAAUCGAACGCCAACACUGCCUACCUCUACGCCUUGGGUGUGAUCCUCUGCAGUGCGCUGAAUGUGAUAUUUUAUCACCCGUACAUGCUGGCCACCCUGCAUACCGGCAUGAAGGUACGCGUUGCGCUGUGCAGCGUAAUUUAUCGAAAGGCGCUACGGUUAAGCAAGACGGCGCUGGGCGACACCACAACCGGUCAAGUAGUGAAUUUGAUAUCGAACGAUGUGGGCCGGCUGGAUACGUCCCUUAUACAAAUGCAUUAUUUAUGGCUUGCGCCAGUGGAGAUAGUAAUUAUUACAUUGCUUAUGUACAGGGAGAUCGGCGUCUCAUCGCUCUUUGGCGUAGCUUUCAUGUUGCUCUUCCUGCCACUGCAGGCCUACCUCGGCAAGAAGACUUCUGUGUUGCGUCUGCGUACCGCACUCUGCACUGACGAGCGCGUGCGCAUGAUGAACGAAAUCAUAUCGGGCAUACAGGUGAUCAAGAUGUAUGCUUGGGAAAAACCUUUCGGCAUCAUGGUGCAAUCUGCGCGUCGUAAAGAAAUGAAAUUCAUACGCAACGUCAACUAUGUUCGCGGUAUUUUGCAAUCAUUCAUCAUGUUCAUGACGCGUGUGUCCGUCUUUGUCAGUCUGGUUGGUUAUGUAUUACUUGGCCAGUUUUUGACGGCAGAGAAGGCUUUUGUUAUCACCGCCUAUUACGGUAUAUUACGUAAUGCCAUGACUGUCUACUUCCCUAUGGCCAUUUCACAAUAUGCCGAGACUAUGGUAUCCAUAAAACGUAUACAAAAGUAUUUGCUGUAUGAUGAGACCAAAGUGAGAGAUCGCUCUGAUGAAAAUGAAAUGGAAUACAAGAAGAUCAAGCAGACGUAUAUCAUAGAAGAAAAUGAAAAAUCUCUAACACUGAACGGUAGUCUGAAAACCUUGGAGGCGCAGCAAGAAGAAAAACCUUCAGUUACCGGAGUUGAGAUACAUAAGCUCAAGGCGAAAUGGGAUCGUUCCCAACCCGAGUACACACUGAACAAUAUCAAUUUAAAUGUGAAACCGCGUACGCUGGUGGCUGUAAUUGGGCCAGUGGGUUCGGGAAAAUCUAGUUUAAUUCAAGCCGUUCUUGGCGAGCUACCCGCCGAAUCAGGUUCCGUUACUGUACACGGUUCCUACUCAUAUGCUUCUCAGGAACCUUGGUUGUUUACCGGUACCGUUCGUCAGAAUAUACUUUUUGGUUUACCAAUGGAUAAAAACCGUUAUCGUACUGUGGUGAAAAAGUGUGCUUUGGAACGUGACUUUGAACUGCUACCCAACGGUGACAAGACGAUUGUCGGAGAACGCGGCGCCUCACUUUCAGGAGGACAAAAAGCGCGUAUCAGCUUAGCACGUGCGGUGUAUCGUAAGGCCAACGUCUACCUGUUGGAUGAUCCACUCAGCGCCGUAGACACACAUGUCGGACGCCAUCUCUUCGAUCAGUGCAUGCGCGGCUUUCUCCGUGAAGAUAUUGUUAUUUUGGUAACACAUCAGCUGCAAUUCCUAGAACAGGCGGACAUCAUAGUAAUCAUGGACAAGGGCAAGGUAAGCGCUGUGGGCACAUAUGAGUCAAUGCGUCGGAGUGGUCUUGAUUUUGCUAAAUUAUUGGUGGCGCCCGACCUGAGUGCGGAUGCUGAUGGCGGCGAUGGCGCAGGUGGUGCCGGCGACGCCGAAAAAAAGAGCUUAUCAAGACAGAAUAGCAGGCAACGCCAAAACAGCAUAUCAUCGAUGAGCUCCCUAGCAGACUCACUAGUUGGAGAAGCGCCUUUGCAGGUGCAAGAAAAACGUGAAGAGGGCAAAAUCAGCUGGGGAUUGUAUACAAAGUACUUUACGGCUAGCGGUGGCUAUUUGCUUUUCACUGUAACCAUGUUCUUUUGCGUUGCCGCGCAAAUCUUGGGCUCUGCCGGUGAUUACUACUUAUCGUAUUGGGUAAACAAAAACGAAAAUGUGCAAGAAACAAGAAGUAACAAUUAUGGCGCUCGUAUAAUAGGCCGUCUCUACGGUCGUGAUGUGCGUCUAAAUAGUAGCACAGAUCCAGUCGAUAUUUACAUAUUCUCGGCUAUCAUUUUGGCUACCAUCAUAUUCUCGCUGAGCCGCAGUGUUCUCUUUUUCACGUUGGCGAAACGCUCCUCGAUCAGUUUGCACAACGCCAUGUUCCGCGGCCUCACCCGUGCCUCAAUGUACUUUUUUCACACAAACCCAUCUGGUCGCAUAUUGAAUAGAUUCUCUAAAGAUUUGGGUCAAGUCGAUGAAAUCCUGCCUUCGGUGAUGAUGGAUGUUCUUCAAAUCGCUCUGGGCUGCGCUGGCAUAGUGCUCGUAAUCUCGCUUGUGAAUGUCUGGAAUUUGGCUACAACGGCAUUACUUGCAAUCAUAUUCUACUUUCUACGCUCAUUUUAUUUACAGACGUCACGUGAUGUUAAGCGUAUUGAAGCAGUCACACGUUCCCCAAUUUACUCCCAUUUGGGUGCCUCAUUGAGCGGUCUGUCGACGAUACGUGCGUUCGGUGCACAAAAGACAUUGAUAAAUGAAUUUGAUAAUUAUCAGGACUUACACAGCUCGGGUUAUUAUAUGUUUUUGACAACGAGUCGUGCUUUUGGUUAUUGGCUCGAUUGCUUCUGUGUACUUUACAUCGCCGUCACAACGCUGAGCUUUUUCUUAUUAUCGCCGGAAAACGGUGGUGAUGUUGGCUUAGCCAUAACGCAGGCUAUGGGCUUGACCGGCAUGGUGCAGUGGGGUAUGCGACAGUCGGCUGAGUUGGAAAAUAAUAUGACAUGUGUUGAGCGUGUGGUGGAAUAUGGUCAAAUUGAAUCCGAGGGAGACCUGGAGAGCCGACCUGGCAAGAAGCCACCGAAGACAUGGCCCGAAGAGGGUAAUAUAAAGUUUGAGAAACUCAGUUUGCGAUAUUUCCCCGAUCCGAAAUCUGAACGAGUGUUGAAAUCCUUGAACCUCGAAAUAAAAUCUUGCGAAAAAGUAGGUAUUGUCGGUAGAACCGGUGCAGGCAAAUCUUCGCUUAUCAAUGCACUCUUCCGGCUCUCCUAUAAUGAAGGUUCUAUAAUUAUCGACACCAGAGAUACCAAUGAUAUCGGUUUGCAUGACUUACGCAGCAAAAUCUCAAUUAUACCGCAAGAGCCGGUACUCUUCUCAGGCACAAUGCGUUACAACCUCGAUCCAUUCGACGAAUACUCCGAUGCGAAAUUAUGGGAGGCACUUGAUGAGGUUAAGCUGAAAAGUGUCGUAUCUGAGCUGCCGAGUGGUUUACAGAGCAAGAUCUCCGAAGGUGGCAGCAAUUUCAGCGUUGGCCAACGUCAGUUGGUUUGUUUGGCGCGCGCUAUAUUACGUGAGAACAAAGUUCUAGUGCUUGAUGAGGCGACAGCAAACGUAGAUCCACAGACCGAUGCACUCAUUCAACUGACAAUAAGAAAUAAAUUCAAAAACUGCACGGUACUCACAAUUGCACAUCGCCUGCACACCGUUAUGGACUCGGAUAAGGUGUUGGUGAUGGACGCUGGGAAGGCGGUGGAGUUCGGUUCUCCAUUUGAAUUGCUUACUGAGAACAAAACUAAAAUAUUUUACAGUAUGGUUAAGCAGGCGGGUAACAACACUUUCGACAAUCUGCUGACGGUGGCACAAAAGGCACAUGAGGAAAACAUGCGCGCUAAAAAGGAUUCUUGACAUUUCUCUGUACCGAAGGUAUUCAAAGAGUAUUUACUUAAGUUUCUAGAACCCAUAGCGAAUCAUCCGGCGAACGCACGUAUACAAAAAACUCUCACCGAUGCUACACAUCAUAAAUUUUUGGGAUAGCAGGAACUGCACAAUGGGGGUGCGGUAAAUGUGAACGAAACGCGUAGAUUAUCAUAUCGAGGCUUAUUUUUAUACAGUACUUAAUAGGACGAACUAACUACUAGAUAUAUGUUUAAUGAGAUCAAUAUUUACAUACAAUUGUAUAUGUAUACAAUAUACAAAAUGGCGCAAACUUAUAACAGCUGCACCAGCAAAUAAAUUUGUAUGCUUUAUGAAACGUUUAAAGAGCAAAUUGACCUGAAAAUUGAAAAUUGUACAUAUCCACAAACAAAUGUGAGCAAAUGUAAGUGUAAAAUUGUAUGUUUUUUUAAUUGCUUUAGUAUUGAUAAUCAAAAACUUAAAUCAAACAUGGAAAAUUCUGUAAAAGAGGAAAAAAUAUACAACUUUGUAAAGUGCGACAAUAAGUGGCAAAGGCCACUAUUAGUAUAUUGAAAUUUAAUUUAAAAUUAAAAAAUCUUAAUUAACAAUUGCUUAGCAUAUUUGCUUUAUAAACAAACAAACUAAAACAUAAAAUAUAAAUAGCAUAAACUAUAUGCCGCAGGUGCUCAUUCCUCUUUAGAUUCGUUCUAGAAAAUUUAUUUACCAUGUUUUAAUAACUAUGUAUUGGCGUAGUAGUGAUAUCUGAUUUGUUACAAAAAAACCAAAUAACCAUACAUACAUACAUACACUUGUAUUUAGCAUGAUUCAAUGAUUGAAUCGUGCGUUUUCGUAUGUGUUCCAAUUGUGAAAAUUCAAUGACAAUAUUAGGGCAUAAACUUUGUGGUUUUAGAUGUUUUUUUUACCAGUAAAUAGUAGACAGAAGCUUUAUUUUUAUCAAUCAACAAAAGUAGAUCAUUUUAUGUCAGCUUUGAAUGUAACAAUACGCACUUUUAAUAUAUGCACAAGAAAUUUAAGCAUAGGUACAGAUAUUCCAUAUGUAUAUGUUGUAACACAUAGAAGAAUUUUUAUAUUAUAUAAUAAAUCGACAAAUAAAUAAUAUCUGUUAUAUUGUAGAUUUAUUACUUGUUGAAGAAAUUGUAAUGUGUACAAGUAAAAAACUAAAAUAAUAAAUUAAUUUAAAUUACAGUAUGCAUUUAAACCUCAUACCUAACAAUAAAAUAUCAUAGCUCUUAAGAAAAUUGAUUCUUCCAUUAAACGCUGAUUGUAUCGGCACUACAUAGCUAUUAACGUUUAGAUAUAGCUAAUACCCAUAUACAUUUACAUAUAUAUAUAUUACUAUAAUAAAUGGAAAAAUACAAAACGGAAAAUGAAA